CUGGAGUCUCCCACCCGGUCCUUACUUAUGGAGGCUCCUAAAGGCAUCCAGAUCCUGGCUGAGGCCGGAGACAUUCAGGCCAUCUGCAGGAACGAGCUGCGACUGGAGUCCAAAGACGGAGAGAUCUCGCUGGAUGCUCGGAGGAUUCGCCUGAUGCGGUUGCCUGAGGGGAAGGCCUCCACCAGCUCCUCGUCCUCUGGGAACAGGCAGACUGUCUACGAGGUUUGCGUUUGCCCGAACGGGAGGCUUUUCCUGUCCCAGGCGGGCACUGGAUCCACCUGCCAGAUCAGCAACAAUGUCUGCCUCUAGGACUAAUAUAUACAUAUAUAAAUAAAUAAACAGAUAUCCUGAAAGACAGACGGCCAAAGACGGAUAGAUGUUCACAUAUUGCCCGCCUCCAGGACUGAUAAACAGCAAUCACAGACACAACAUACAAAGACUGCCAGAGCUGAUGGAAAUAUAAACAAUAACAGAUACUGUAACUAUACAGACACACUGAUGUAUACACUUCACAAACAAUCGCAAACAAUCAGACUGAUAUUUAGGCUCAACCAAUAUGUUUCAACAGGCCAAUACCGAGAAUCUUGGAUUGAAGCUGCGGACAGCUGAUCUUUUGUGCCAAUAUUUCAACACUAAAAGAUAUUUUCUCCCCUAAUUUUAUACGUUUCUGAAAGGAAAAGCCUUUGAAAUCAGCAUUUACAGCAUCACGGACAAUACAACUCUCCACUGAGUGUCACAUACUGUACAUCUCUCUAAGCUCUUUAUACAUAAAGUACAGCACGAGUUACAUGGUUUUAAACUGAAUUACAUGAAUAAAUGGAAAAACGUGUUUUAUUGCAGGUUUUAAAAAGGUUUUAACACUGAGAUCAGAAAGAUAUUUCAAACUAGUUGCAUAGAAAGGGCACUGACUGGCUGAUAUUAAUAUUAUUUAACAAAAGGACAGUAUUGAUUAUAUAUCGGUCUCAACCUAUACCUGACUCUGCUAUUUAUUUAUAGCAUACAAACAUGAGGAUGCAAACUUGCUUACAGACAUGCAUUCACACAUUAUACACAUUUAACAUGGUGUAUGCACACACUCACUCUCUUUGCUCGUAGGAGCCUGCUGGUAGAAACUGAGAGGAGAAUUUCCAGAGAUUUACUAAAAGAGACACCGAUCUGUUCCUUUUCUCUCUCAAGAGUGUUUCAGAACGAGAAUCACUAGGGUGAUAACCCAUAGCAACAGGCCACUCCCCCUCCCCUCCGUUUUUCUUCUCAUUUUUCCUCAUUUCUCUUUUUUCUUCUCCGCAGCGAAGAUAAGUGAAGGAUUCAUACUUUUGCUGUUGUUCAUAAAGCAUUUGUAAAGCCCAUAGGCAUGCUGGAAGCACUUAAUUAAGGCCAAUCCUGACCAAAUUGGGUCAGGAUAUAGGAUGGUGUAAUGCAGUGGUUCUCAACCCAGGGGGUCCACAAGAUUAUUUCUGAGGGUUGCCAGAUGGUUAUGCAGAGACGGAAAAAAAAAACAUUAAUAAUAAAAUAACCUAUUUUAGACGAGGGAAGGUUUUUUUUUUACAUAUCAUUGCCUGUAACAGUGUUAUCAUUUGCCUUAGAAAACGAAAAGUGUAUUGUGUGUUUGUGAGUGGGGAAUUUCUGUGUCAGGGGGAGAGAAAGUCAGAUUUAAAAAAAACAGCGUGCCGAGAGUACAUUUAGCGACGCUGUUCAAGGUAAACAAACACUAAAGAGAUUAUUCUGGGGGUGGUCACGACUCAAAAAGGUUGAGAACCACUGGUGUAAUUGACAAAAGGACUGCAUGGCUUAUGAGUUUAAUGGAUACUUCAGCUCAGCCAAAACACAGACAAAUAAGGUUUUCAGUUUACCAACCCGCUUUCACUAUGGACUUUGCUUUGGGAUGAUGUCACUCAUGUUAAAUAUUUUUUUCUGGUUUGGCACAUUUGCAGGAUGUGAACAUGGAAAUAGUUCUGCCUUGAAAACCUUAACCUAUAAACUACUGGUCUGUUGUGUGUGUUUUCUCUAUUUUAUUUAAUGUAGUCAUUCUAUUUUUAACUGAGUAAAAAGCUGUUUGAUUUUCACAUAGUGUUUUGCUUUGCUGCGUAACUGAUCUGUCUCCUUAACAAUGUCACAACCUGUUAUAAUGCUUUCUUUUCACACAAAACAUUUCCAAUGUAAGCUGACGGGAGCUCAGCGGCGGUGGUCACCCUACUGGUUUCUUGCACUGGGAUAUUUUUUAAAAGAACAAAAACAAACUAAUGCGAGCCACUCUGUUGAAAGAGGGGAACUGUGCCUGUGCCUUAUGUCAAUGCACUUGUGGCAAGAAGAAGCACAUCACACAGACUUUCUUUGGCAUCAACGAGUAACAUAAUCUCUGAUUUCAGUUCAGCUUCAUCCCAAUCACAAACCUCUCCCUCUGUGUGAAUGCAAAGACCUUCAGCCAUAUCUGAGUGUAGCCCCCCUGCUGUCAGCACCUGACUUAGCAAAAGGAUGAGAGGGUUAUAUUUUCUAUUUACCACUAAACCUCCCCAGUUUGGAUAUUUUUGCUUUGGUUUUUUGAUCAAAUAUUCUGUGUGAAAACAUGUAUGUGUUUCUGUUCAUGUAAAAUGUUAUCUUAAAAGUUUCUCAAACAAGGCUAUGUGUUCAUUUCUUCCCAUCUGGUGUCCUAAGAUGUCAACAGCAUUUUCAUUAUUUGACUUAUUUGUUUAUUUGAUACCACAGCACUGUAUUACAGCACCAGAGCUCUAUUCUAACCCCAAUAUAAUCAUAAUUAACACUACAACUACAGCGGACUUCCCACAAGUAAGUUUUCUAAAAAGCAUCACAUUUAAAAACUCGGGAAGUAGAUGUAAACAAAUUGGUUGCGUAAUGAUUCUGUUUAGGCAAUAUAGGUGAAUUUGCAACGGCCAAUACUUAAAUAUUUCUAAUAAAAAUAUCUUAAAGGUUUUACUGUUCAUACUGAAGGUGUAAGAAACAGAAGUGUUGCCAUAGGUAACAGCCAACAACACAGAAGCAUCAUCAUUAGCAUUAUAAUUCCAAAAAACGUGGCAUUAAUACAUGGUUUACUUGAUAAGGCACCAGAUUUUGACCUUUUCUGAUGGAAACACUUGACUACGUGACGAGACGUAACAAUCUGGGUUACAACAGAAACUACAUCUUGUGUCUUGUGAACACUCCUGAACAUACCCAUAGUACCCAUGACAUUUAUUUAUAUCUUAUGAUGUUUAAAGCGUUACAUCCUUUUAAAGAGUCAGGUGUACCGACCCUCUCGCUGUCUCUCAGCUUCUCUGUCGCUAUGUAUUAAAGGACUCUCAGAAAUAUUUCAGAUGAUAUACGCCGACGAAAGAGAAACACUGAUCUUUUGCAAAAAGGAAAGCCUUUUUAUAAUGUACAUCAGUAUGUGUUUAUACUAAAAGGGCAAAAAUAUAUAUAGGACUCAUUGAGUUAGCAUGUACAGCAAUGCAUACAAUGUUUGCCUGUGGAGAACAAGCUGGUUUUGUUUUUAUGCCUUCUCCUUCCUGUAUUACCUGCUGAGGUCAGAUGUUUUACACAAACCUGCUUUGUUUCGUUUUUGUUGUUGUUAUUGUUGUGUUGGGUUCGAGGUCUUUGCAUUCCCCCAAGUGUGCUGUGUGUGUAAAUCUGUGCUACUAUGAGUGAGCUUUUGUUUUGCUUUUCUGCUCCACAGAAAGUUAUGAAUGAUUCUCAGAGAAACCAAAAGUAAAGAGAAGCAAUGAAGGAAAGACAUGAGCUGCAACAAUGGGAUAAAUACAGAAAUGGGCAACAAAAAUAUGAUCAAUUAAUGAAUCUUCAGAUCAAAACCAAUAUGUUCAAUCGGAGAUAAACUAUUGAGAAAGCAGAAGUAUACUUUAACAUUGGAUUGCGUAAUGCAUAAAUGUUGUAAUCAAAGUAACCUACAUUUGAUCCAAUGAUGACACUGAUGAGGCAUGAUCCAGUGGAUUAUAUGGCUGAUUAAAUAAUAAUAUUGCCCGGAUCACUUUCUGUGAUGCAGCCCUGUGUGUUGUCGCUGAGUGCUCUGUACUUCCUUCCUAACGUCCAUUCUGAAUAUUUACAUUUUCCUGCAUUCUUCAGUCUGAAACUGCCAUUCAUGGAGUAGUUUUCAAAGAUGCCGAAAUAAAAGGCGUUGUUCAAAUUGA